CUGAGAUAAACGGAAACAGAGAACUGCGAGAAAAAGUGUCUCUGCUCGAAAGACACAGAUGCUUGGAAAGACUACACCUGCAUAACUUAUGGAAAUUGUGGUACUACUAUGACAAUCUCUCCCGCCUAAGAGAACGUCUCUCUUCCAGCAGAAACCAAGUUGUAAGUUUUGGAUCAUUCCAAGAUGUCGUUCUCAAGAUUGAUGGAUUGAUCAUCCUAUUUGACCCUUUUGACACAGAAGUGAUGGCAGAUAAACAUCUAAGAGAAUUAAACCGGAGUAUUAUAGAUAACAAUCCCAAUUUCGAAGUUGAUGUUGUAGCGUUGAGUAUGUGCGCGUACAGUUUCUCAGAUUUAUUGGUCAGGAAAGUAGUCCAGAGGAACAGGAACGUGAAAUGGAUUAUUCCGCUAGAAAGAAAAGACUGGCUUAUUCGUCAAGGAGUUGAUAUUACAAGUAUUACAUUGUUCAAAUUUUGGGAUGAGAAAAUUUUUAACAUUCGGCACCAGAAUGUUUCUUUUGUAUGCACACCCACACAUAGAAAUAGUGUAUCAUCUGGCAGUAAAAUGUGUAAUACAUGUGGUUGGAUAGUGAAAGGAUCGACAAGGACGUUUUAUUCGGCUGGGUUUACGAACUACAACGGUACAAACUUCUCCAGGGUGAAAGAACGACACGGUCCUAUUCAUUUGGCUUUACUGCCAAUAUCAAAUGAAUCCGACAACAUGUCAUGUUCACCUGAGUUUAGUGUCGAAAUUGAUGAAAUUUUAGAAAUGCACAAAAUACUUCAACCAUGUACAUCAUUUGGUAUAGUAACAUGGCACUACUGGGACUAUCGUCAUGAGGUAAACAUACUUGAACAGAACAGUGUUAAAAUGAAAAGAAACUCUUCCUAAGUAAAUUCAUUAUAAUGUAAAGAAAAUUGAGUACUACGACUGUCAUCUGUAUCGAAAGUAGUUGGUUUUAACACAUUGUAUCGGCU